AUGUUGGCUGCCGUGGAACACGGUCCCAUCCUCUGCAGCGACUCCAACAUCCUCUGCCUCUCGUGGAAAGGCCGGGUCCCCAAGAGCGAGAAGGACAAGCCGGUGUGUCGGAGACGGUACUAUGAGGAGGGCUGGCUCGCCACGGGGAACGGGAGAGGAGUUGUUGGGGUGACGUUUACAUCGUGUCACUGCAGGAGGGACAGAAGUACACCUCAGAGAAUCAAUUUUAACCUGCGAGGACACAACAGCGAGGUCGUCUUGGUGCGUUGGAAUGAGCCCUUUCAGAAGCUGGCCACCUGUGAUAUGGAAGGAGGUAUUUUUGUGUGGAUCCAGUACGAAGGACGAUGGUCUGUGGAGUUAGUGAACGACAGAGGAGCCCAGGUGAGUGACUUCACUUGGUCACAUGAUGGCACUCAAGCCCUCAUCGCGUACAGGGAUGGCUUUGUGUUGGUUGGCUCGGUUAGCGGACAAAGACACUGGUCCUCGGAGAUUAACCUGGAGAGUCAAAUCACCUGUGGCAUCUGGACACCUGAUGAUCAGCAGGUCUUGUUUGGUACAGCAGAUGGUCAGGUGAUAGUGAUGGACUGUCACGGACGGAUGCUCGCCCAUGUUCUGUUACACGAGUCCGACGGGAUCGUUAGCAUGUCCUGGAACUGCCCCGACUUCCUGGUCGAGGACAGUACAGAGAGCGACACAGACUCUGAUGACAAUAUUCUGCCUUUAGGAAAUGAUGUACUUGUUUUUCUUUCUUUGUUUUUCUUCCAAGUGCGGAGGGUUAAGCCUUUGUUAACCGUCACCUUCUUAUCAGGAGAUAUCAGUUUAAUGAACAACUAUGAUGACCUUUCUCCUGCUAUAAUUCGCUCAGGGCUGAAAGAUGUUGAGGCCCAGUGGUGCUCCCAGGGAGACCUGCUGGCUGUGGCCGGCAUGGAGAGACACGGGCUCUCUGCCGACUCUGCAUGCGCAUCCAUCAUGAGGAACGCCCUUGUUAAGUUCUAUAAUGUCCAAGGGGAACACAUCUACACUUUAGAAACACCUGCACAGAGGCCCAUCACCACCAUCUGUUGGGGUCACAGAGACUCUCGUCUGUUCCUCGCCUGUGGACCGGCGCUGUACGUGGUGCGUGUGGAGCACAGGGUGGCCAGCCUCCAACUCUUAUGCCAGCAGGGCAUCGCCAGCGCCCUGCGAGAGGAGAAAGACGUGGGAAAGCUUAACAUGCCCUCGCUGCUCUGCUCUUACGUCACCACCGCUUUCAUACCCACCAUCAAGCCCCCAAUCCCUGACCCCAACAACAUCCGCGACUUUGUCAGCUAUCCCACAGCUGGGAAUGAGAGGCUCCACUGCACCAUGAAGCGAGCCGAGGACAGCCCAGAGGCAGGCGGACCCUGUUACACUCUCUACCUAGAAUAUUUAGGAGGGCUGGUGCCUAUUCUCAAGGGACGGCGCAUCAGCAAACUGCGGCCCGAGUUUGUCAUUAUGGAUCCAAAAACAGACAGCAAAGCAGAGGAGGUCUGUGUGAAUCCCAUGAUCUCCUACACUGACAGCUGCAACUGCUCUGACUCCAGUGACAUUGAGUUGAGCGAUGAGUGGGUCGGGAAGAAGUCACCAAAGUUAUCCCGAGGAAACAGGUCACCUAAACUCUACAUGAUGAACAUGGAGUCGAGAAAAUCUCCCAAACUCUCGCGCGCCAAUCAGGAAGGCCAACGGUCGCCACGGUUACCGACAAAGAAGCCUCCAGUUCGAUCUCCCAGUCUGACACGUCGGGAGUUUUCUAUGGAUGGGAUCACAGAGCACAACUACCUCGCUCAAGUCACAUCCAACAUUUGGGGAACAAAGUUCAAAAUUGUUGGGCUUGCUUCGUUCCUCCCUGCUAAUCUUGGUGCAGUUAUCUAUAAGACCAGUUUACUUCAUCUACAACCGAGGCAGAUGACGAUCUACCUUCCAGAAGUGCGAAAGAUUUCUCAUGACUUCAUGAGCCUGCCUGUGUUCAACCCCAAUGUGUUCAGUGAGGAUGAGGACGACUUACCAGUGAUGGGGCCGUCUGGAGUGGCAGGAGACAAUCCUCCCUGUACGGUCAACAUUCCCAUUGCUCCCAUCCACAGCCCGGCUCAGGCCAUGUCCCCGACUCAGAGUAUUGGCCUGGUUCAGUCUCUUCUGGCCAAUCAGAAUAUUCAGCUUGACGUCCUGACCAACCCUACAGCCACUGCAGCAGCAGCGGCUGCAGCAGCAGCAGCUUCUGUCCCUGUCACCGAUCAUGGCCAGGAUGCAGUUGCAACACCGUACCCAGUGCCAACUAGAUACUCAAACCCUGGUCAGGUGAUCUUCAAUGGGCUGGAGAUGGGUCCUCUUCUUCCUGGUACUCUCCCACCCCCACCUCCACCUCACCAUCUCCCACCGCAGCCUCACCCACAGCGGUCUCAUUCGCAGCAGAUUCAGGAGAUGAGGCAGCAGCAGCAGCAGCUCCAGCAGCAGCACCAACAGAUCCAGCAGCAACAUCAGCAGAUGCAGAGGCAACACCAGCAGAUGCAGCAGCAGCUGAAGAUGCAGAUGUCGCUGCCUCCUCCUCCAUCUGGCUACCCGACCAUUUCCUUACAACAGCUACAUCUUCUGCCCCAAAUGCCUCCUCCUUCCACUGAGCCUGGGCUGGACAGGGGCGAGCAUGGACACACUCUGAAGCCAAGUCUGCCGCGGACUUUACCCCCGUCCUUCAAUGACACUGAUGGGUCUGUGGAGAUUCAGAUGAGGAAGGUGAAUCCUCCUCCUCCAUAUCCGGGCACUGUAGUGUCUGCAGCUGCAGCAGCAGCUGCAGCUACAGCCGCCGCUACACCUCAGACUCUUGUCACGAACUGCGACAGCCCCAGUGUCCUGGCACCCGAUUCCUGUCUGAAGAAGGAUGACUUCUUGCUUCACCCUGUCACCUUACAGUACCCGACACCUCUGGGGUAUGAAAGGAUCACGACCUUUGACAGCAGUGGCAAUGUGGAGGAGGUUUGCCGGCCACGCAGGCGCCUCAUUCGCAACCAAAAUACGUACACCGUGCAUGGCAUCGGCGGCUCGGCCACACUCAAAGUCACCUCCUCUGAGAAUAAAAAAAUCCAGCUUCCGUACAGCUCGGCAACACUGAGUCGUCUCUCUGUCCCUCGAUACUCCAUACCAAGUGGAGACCCUCCUCCUUACCCUGAUCCGGCCAAUCAGGUAACUGCCACACUUCCUCCUCCCCAGAGAAUCGAUAGCAGUCUGAUCCAUGCCACUCUACGUCGUGACCGGAGGGAUGUGGGACUUAAAGUGCCACAGAUGAUGGAAAACUCAAGAACCCUUCCCACCAAGGCUAAAAUGAACAGUGCAUUAGCUCUUACGUACCAGCAGAGGGUGCCCACUGCAUUGUACACAUGCACACAGUGCAGCAGCAACAGCAGCAGCACCAGAAAAGGUGCACAUCACAGUACAAUUAUUGUGCACUCCAAAAGUGCCUCACCCCUGGCCUCCCAGUCAUCCUACAGUCUGCUGGGUGCUGUCGACAACAGCCGGGACAGAACAGUGUAUGUUAACUCUGCCUUCACUGAAGAUGAGACUUUAAAUCAGCAGUGUCACCUUGAAAAAUCUGUACGUCAGCUGACUCUCGGCGACGUCAGUUUGACGGUUAAACGCCCUCCGCCUUACCAGUGGGACACCUCCACUACAGAGGAGUUCUGGCUCACCCCAGAGCAAACAAUGUUAGCUCCCCCACCAGGACCUCAUAAACCCCCGCCGCUCAUCAUCAGUCAAGCUCAGCACUUGGACAUGACCCGGCUUCCUUUUGUCCUCACAACUAAACCGCCAACCAGUCCGAGCACGAGCACUCUUACUUUCCCAUCAGGUUACCAGAUAUCCCUCUCACCUUUUCCUCCAGGUGUGGGUCACGGCGGACCCCCGCUUCAGACCUUACAGAACCCUCCACCGCAAUGCUCUCCAAACGAAGUGGUUGCUCCAGUCCCCUUUGCUCAGCAGGAUGCCAAUUUAGUCUUGCCACCGGGUUAUCCUCCGAACCUUGCUAACUUGGCUUGCUGCCCUCUCCCGCCGAUGUAUCCUGGAGCCAGCUCGUGUGCCGGCCUCCAGCUGCACCCUGUCAACCUUCACCCCUGGAACCCUUACCCCUGCCCACCACCACCCAUGCAGGACCCUCCAGCCCCUCCCCUCCCCACCAAAACUCAUCAGAUUUUAGAGAAGCCGAUUCUCUCCCCACCUCCCCCGACUCUACCACCGUCCAAAAGUGCCACAGAGGAUCUGACAGAGUCUGCAAACAACUUUCCAGAGCCAUCAUCCCUAAAUGAAAGCCCAGUGCCACAGGAGUCAGAGCGCUUCAACAAGAAGAGCCGUAAAAGGCUGGACAGCAGAGCCGAGGAGGCCAACAUGCCCAACGUCUCUGAGGGCAAAUCCAGAAAGGAAGGGCGAGCGCUCUCUGACUUCAAUACGCUCAUUUCCAGCCCAAGGCUCGGCAGCAGAGAGAAGAAGAAGCCCAAGGGGCAGAGAGAGCAGCUCAAUAAAACCAAGAAGAUGAGCAGGACCACGAAUGAGUUCCAGGAUAGCUCAGAGAGUGAGCCAGAGCUGUUUAUUAGUGGCGAUGAGCUCAUGAACCAGAACCAGAGCAGUAAGAAGAGCUGGAAGAACAAGCGCAGCCUGCGUAUGGCCAGUGAGCUGGAGGAGAUUAAAUGCCGCAAGGCAAACGAAAGAGAGGACCGCAGUUUAGGCAGCCAGGGAUUUGUCUAUGUUAUGGCCAAUAAACAGCCUUUGUGGAAUGAAGCCACGCAGGUCUACCAGCUGGACUUCGGAGGGCGAGUCACCCAGGAGUCAGCAAAGAACUUUCAGAUAGAGCUGGAUGGUAGACAGGUGAUGCAGUUCGGGCGAAUAGAUGGGAACGCCUAUAUCUUGGAUUUCCAGUAUCCUUUCUCAGCAGUGCAGGCAUUUGCUGUUGCCUUGGCCAAUGUGACUCAAAGGCUGAAGUGAACAGGUUUAUUUUGCGUUGUUGUAGAAGACUAAUUCAAAAGAAGCCACAGUGGUGUUGCUGUACACCCCUCAGUGUGGGGGGUGUAUCUGGGAAAGUGUGGGUGUUGUGGCGCUUCUGGUUUUUGAAGAGGAGAUUAACAUACUACUCCGUUUUGCACAUGCAGAUAAUUUACAGCGGUCUGUUGAAGGCAAAGUCAGUUUAGGUCAGUGAUGAUGAAAACUAUAUCAGUUAAUCCAUACUUUCUAGUUCAUAUAUUGAAUGUAUUCAAGCUAAUUUUAUUCAUUAUUCAAAUGUUAUUUAUUAGAAUAAAAGAAAUUCUCCAUCAGCCUUCAUUGGACAAACAAAGGUAAACUAAUAUUUUUAAUAUUUUAAAAGCAGUUCUGAGGUUUAGUGCCAAAGACAUCUUCCCACUCUUUAAAUGCUGACCCGUCUCAAUGUGUUACAAAUCAACAGCUAUUAAAUUUACACUUGUGCUGUUUAUAAAAAAAAUAAAAAAUAGACACGGCAAAAAUCUUGAGGUACAGUGGCAUUCAAAAUUGCAAUUAAAAUUUCACUAAGCCAUACCACAUCUGAUACAAACACUGCACUAUUUUAAUUCAGUUUCCAGUAAUUAAGUAAAUGAAGUUUAAUAUUUUAUUAUGCGUAUCAAUUAUUAUUGUUAUUGGUGUUUCAGUAAGUUCUUUGUAUCUAUUCUUCAUUCAAAUCCCAUUUUCUUUUCCGCUGAACAUGCAUUAGAAGAAUAUAUAUUGAUUAUGUAAGUGUAACAUGAAGAGCUGAGUACAGUUAACCAUAGUUUGUAUAUUUUCUAUCCAUGUUACUUCUAUGAAGUGGUGCAAUGAACAUAAGAAAUCAUAUUCUUUCGGCCACGAAACUGCAAAUCAUUAUUCACAGCCAUUAUAAUCUGAUGAUGUGUUCAUUUUUUUUUUUUUUUUUACACAAUUAGUUUAAAUCUCCCUUCCCCUUACAAUGGCUGAUAUUGUCAGUAAUGGUCUACAGUAAGUCUGUGUGUGCCAAAUACAGCCAAAUGUGUUUGGCUGAAAGUAAGUCAGUAGGGAAAAUAGUACAAAGUGAUCUCAUGAUGCUCUCAUCCCCAAACAGAACAAUCUGUGCGCAGUAAAGAUUGAGAUCUUCUCAGUCCGUGUCACUCUGGCUGGCUCUGUGUUGUUUCCAUUGGGUGUUUAUGAUUCUACUUGAAAACUGCAUUUGAAUGUGAAGUACAGUAGUUUGCCUCCUUGGAAAUCAGUGCUGCUUUAGAUAGAUAGAGCUUGUGUGCAGUAAUGCUACCUACAUAGAACUGAUGUUGUACUCGCAAACAAAAAUAUAACGCUGCUUGCACUGUGUAUUUAGCAAAUGACCUAACAUCAUUAUAUGCUUAGGAAAAAUGUGCGUAUAUGUUGCUAAUUUCAGUAAUUUUGUACAUCAACUUUACUUUAACAUGGUACCAAGAGUUUUUUUUUUGAUGUUACACUUGUAGAAAAAAGAAUGAGAACAAUAAACUUGAAACGGUAUUAAAUACAACAUAUUCAUAAAGUUGUUAAGAUUAACUGUUAGUAUUAGGAGUGAGAUUCAUGUAGAUUUGGUGCUAAUGUAAAGAAACAAAUGUGGAAAUUCAGGACAUUUGUCAUUUGUUAUUAGAGGGUUGUUUUAAUGAAAGUAUUUUGAGAGAGGCUACAGGAAAUUUAAGUGCAGAGAGUUUUCAUUUACUGUAAGAGCUUUUCAUCCAGUGCAGCUUCAGAGACUUCAGCGACAGUGUGUGUCAGUUAUCAGCAAUACUGCCUAAUGAAUAGUUGAUUGCCUGAUUUUUUUUUUUUUCUCUCUUAUUUUGUGAAGGAAAACAAAAGUGAUAUGACCAUAGGUUUGCAAGGACCUAUAGG